AUGGAAACCGUGCAUGAGGUGAUCCCCUUUGCCAAAGAAAUGCUCAGCCAGAAGCCCAACAGGAAAAUGGUCAAGCUGUACGUGCUGGGCAGCGUGCUGGCUUUCUUUGGCGUGCUUAUCGGUCUGGUGGAGACAGUGUGCAGUCCUUUCACCUCCGAAGGGAGGCUGGAGGAGGAGGAGGAGAAGCAGCCUGCCCCAACGCAAAAGCAAACACUUCCCCAGAAAGAGGAGGAUUUGAUCUCGGAAAAGAGCAAGAAGGCGGUGGUGGUGCAGAGGGCCCUGGUGACCAGACAGCAUGCCUCCUGA